AUGUCAAUCCACAACACUGAACAGAUUAGGUCGGCACUGCACAUUCUUUCGACAGCACCCGAGGAUAUUAUUCGAAUUGUUCGAAAUGAGGUGCUGAUUGUCUUUGUUGACCUGCGGAAGAAAUUACAAAUCCCCCGAGACAAGACCAUCGAGGCACUUGACAAACUGUUCGAAAAGCAAGAGAAAAUUAAAGGUCUUUUGGAAAUGCGUGCUUCUGAGAGAGUCAAGCUACCUAAGUCUCUUCUAGAUAUCCGAUUUCAUCAUAUCAGCGCUGUUGAGCCUCGCAAGAGAACCGUCGAAUCAACUAUUCGAGCCCUGUUCGCUUACCGUUCGGUGUGUGACGAAUUUGAAGAGUACGAAUUGAAGACCCGGCAUACAUCUAGAGUGCAAGAGCUGUCAGCAAAUCCGCUUAAUGCUGAGAAGAAGAACAAUGGCCUUAUCACCAAGUUUUUGCAAGAUAAAGGCCUACCCGACAAUCGGAUGGGGGCUAUCAAGACAUCCAUCAAAAUCCGGGUGGCGGAGGAAUGGUUCGGCGGUGCGGGAGUAUCGCUGCUGUUCAUGAAUAUUUACACAAUCUUCCGACAACUACAAUAUUCUGACCUGCGCGAUGUGAUUACAUUGUUAUCAUCACCUGAGAGCAUGUACAGUUCAAUUGCGGACCUAGGUCGGUCUUGCUCUAAGUACGUCGAGGAAGGUCAAAUCUAUUAUGAUGACAUUAUCGGCCCCAAGCCCACGGCUUCCGGUGAACUAAGCGCUCCGAAUGGUACCGCUGGCUCUCAGGAACGGGUGGAGCCAGCCAUGGGCCUCCGCCCCUUGCGUACUGGUUCAAGCUCUGCCGGGCUCUUUUCUCCCGGACUUUCCGAUGAGACGGAGAGAAGUAGGGGGGACAGCCGAGCCUCAAAACGCCAACGCUCCUCAGAUUCCAAUGGCCACCCGUUACAAAGGCCGCCGGCUCGAUCUAACAUACCUUUCAGCGAUUCUGCACGUCAUGAUGCCGCGGCUUCAUAUUCCAUGAGGGACGGCACGUUUGUUUCACGGGAUGACACCCAACCUUAUCCUCCCGCCGGCGGAAAUGGGGGCCCGCUGCGCCAGGCGGAAGAUGCUAACUAUACAGACUGGCAUCAUACCGUCAUGAACCCCUUCCACCACCACCCGAGCGGAGGCUCCGUAUAUUUCUAA